CUCAGCUCACAGACGUAGCGUACGGGUGGUCGAGCAUGUAAAAUCAAACAGCUGGCACCACAGUCGUCACGACAAACUUCAUCGAAGUCAUGAACGGAACGGCAGACGUCUUCUUUGUCGGUACCGAGCUGCCCAUGCCUUCACCAGUCGUGUCUGAGCACCUUUGAAGUGUGUGCUCCUUCCAGCACGGUGGAAGCCAUACUCGCCAGCCUCUCUCCCCUCUGCCCUCUGCCCUCUCCCCUUCGUCGCAGGCAGCAUUGAUGUCCGCACACGAUGCCUCCUCCGCAUACGGCGGCAGAGGCCCUCUGCUCCUGGGUGUGUCGUGGGCCGAGGCCGCCGUUGCAAUCAUCUUGAUCGGCCUGCGAGCCAAGACAGCAUCGCUAUGCCCGCCAGGCCAUCUGCUGUCGACUGGCAUCUUUGGCUUGCGUUGGGAUUUCUGCUGGGUUAUAUUUGCGUUGGCAUUGGCACUCUCCGCUCAGGUCCUCAUGACCAUUAGCGCUCGCUACGGCCUCGGCAACCACGAAGGCCUCCUUUCCGACGAAGAGAUCGUCCAGACAAACUUCUGGAGCUGGAUGGCGCAGGUGGUCGCGAUUCUCGCCAUGGCCGUGGGCAGACUCGCCGUCAUAGCCUUCCUCGUCACGCUCCAGGCCCGGACCCUCAUCGCCGGUCGCUGGCUACUGUAUCUCGUUGGCGCCGCGCAGGGUCUCAUUAACCUGGGCGAGGUCAUCUUGAUCCUGCGGCAGUGCGACCCUAUACAGAAGCUCUGGGACCAUAACGUGCCGGGGACGUGCGAUCUCGUGCUUCUCUGCUCGCAAAUUGGCUUUGCCCAAGGGAGCAUUGGCUCGGCGGCCGACAUAUUCCUCGCCUUCUACCCCGUUUAUAUCAUCGGGUCACUUCAGCACAUGAAGCUCCGUUUAAAGAUUGGCCUUUGUCUCAUCAUGAGCGGCGGCGUAGUAGCGGGCGUUGCCGGCAUCAACAAGACCGUCGCCAUUGCUACCAUCACGCAGACGCAGGACAUCACCUACGCAAUUGCCAAGCUCAACACAUGGGUCUUGACCGAAAUGUGGUUCAUCAUCAUCUUCGGCUCUAUCCCUGUCCUGCGGCCCUUCUUCGUGCGCUUCUCGCAAAGCAUCAAGGCCACGGCUGGGAGUUCGCGCUCCGGACAGAGGGGAACCGGCCGCUCCGCCAAGUCCAGCCGCAGUCGCGAGCAAGACGACGCCUGGAUGCAGCUCUACGACAGGCCCGCUGCCUUCCGCGCCGAUCGUGAGCCUUCCCUCACAAGCCAAGAGCCUGAUGACCACGCCGGGACUGAGGAUGAGCAUUAUCUGACCGAUAGAGGGUCUGGACACGUCAUCAUCGUAACCAAGGACGUUUCCGUCGUGAGCGAGAGGAAUCCCUGACCAAUUUCGGACUUCAUCCUCUUAGACUCUGCAGAAAACAUUAUAUUGCUUCGAAUAUGAAACGUUGGAAC